GAGAGACUCUUUCAGACGACAUAUCGUAAGAGGGUUCAUCUUUCUGACUCUUCCAAAAUACAGGUGGAAGGAGCAUCACUGAAAUUAUCUCCAGUUGGCAAGAAGAGUUCAUCUAUCAGAGCAUAAUUUGCUUAGCAAUUACUUUUUUGUAUGGGAAGCUGAAGAUCAUGUUCCACAGACAUAAAAUUGAAUACCGGAAUGUUAUAUUGCAGAUGCCUGAUGAUAUUGCAAGGUACAGUUCUGCUCUCAGUAACUCCAUUGCAUACUUGGAUCUCAGUACCCUUGAAUAUUCAAGCAAGGAAAAAAUUCCUUACACUUAUAAUGCAUUGUACAAACGCAUGGAGGAAAGGGCAACAGUUUUGGAUUUAUUUCAUCUAGAUUUACCAGAUGCAUUGGCAAACUAUAUCAAGACGGAUGGUAAUUCACACUGCACGCAAAAUAGCGGAGCAUUCCAUAUAAUAUAUUUCAUUGUUUCACAUGAGUUCAUUAUGAAGCCGUUCUCAGAAGCCUUGGGAUGGGCAAUUAGGAAUUCCAGAGACAGCCUGAAUAAUCUGGCCAGGCUUUUACCACUCAUUCAACAACUAGAACUUUGCCAGUUUUCUUAUAGAAAUCCUGAGAUUUACGAUGACUACAUAGCUGUACUGACUGAGCAUCCAGAAUACCCAUGGAUCCAAAUUCUAUUUUUGGAUAGUUGCUGCUUUCACGUAAAGUUCAGGAUACUCCAAGGAUCGGAAGAGGAAGUUGAACACUUUCUACACGCUGCUCAAGCACUGAAGUUCAAUUUGUUUCCUGGAGUUGCAUUAAACACAACAUUGUUUUCUGAAUAUAUCCAUUAUUACUCUAUGAGAAUGAUAAAUACUGAUUUCUGUCCAUUAAACUAUUGCUUAUAUAGCGGAAGAAUAAAAAACGCCAUUGUGUUAUUGAAGUACGGAUAUUCUAUUGAGUAUGAAGAGGCAUUGUUCGAUGACGCCUUCAUUGAAGUUAUAAAACUACUUGGAUUACGUCCUUUUGAGGGAUUGCGAGCAACACAUCUCGUGAACAAGAGAAGAAUGCUUCUAUUGUUUUUUAUGAUCAUAAACUGCUACAUCUGCGCCAACGAUCCUUCUAAAGAUCCCUUCAGCUUACUUAUUCUUCCAUGGCGUAAAAUCUGGAGGGCAAUUUCAGACCCCUUCUUGAUUCUUGAAGAAAUAAGAACUAUAUUCUCUAUGUUAACUUUCGAAUUUGAGCUUCAUCCAAUUUACCACAAAAUUGUACAUAUUUACACAAAUGGGAAGAUAUGUGAUCCAGAUUCCUUGAAUACGUACCAGCCUAGAAGCCUUAAACAUCUUUGCCGAAUUUCAAUCCGAAAAACUAUGUUCGCAAAAAGUGAACUUCCCAAUGGAAUUGAAAAGCUUGAAAAUAUUCCAAUUGCAUUGAAAAGCUAUUUACGACUCUAUCCUUGAAUUAGGAAAUCGUUACUAAGUGAAAAGAAAGCUAAGCCUUCAUUAUUCCUCUAAGAACUUUUUAUAGAACUGAAUGGAUGCUAUUCAAAUUAAUAAUGCAUAACUAUUCUAAAAGCUUAUUUAUAUUUAUAUCUUAUAUUUUGUGCUGUGGGUUACGGGUAAAAGGUAUUUCUUAAUGAAACAUCUCACUCACCUUUUGAUUCAAGAAAUUAUUUUUGAGAAAAAUUAUUUGUUUGAAAGAAUUGAAGAACUUGAAAUUAUUCCUGUAAUAUUGGAAAAUUAUUUACCUCUAUCCUUGAGCUCUGACCUCACCACCAACUGGAUAAACGUAAUGUAUUCUUCAUUACACCAAGAAUAGCUUUAGAAGUUACUGAAUAUUACUCAGAUAUAUAUUCUUUCGUAAUGAGUAUUCAUUUCAAGCGGUUGCUAUACAUUUACUUAAAUUGUUUCUUCAGUUUCAUGGAAUUAUUUGCCAAUGAAAAUUGUUCAUGUAAAACCAUAAUUAGAAUGACACAAAGAAUUUGCCAAACCGUUUUAUAUCUUUCUUUUCCUAUUAAAUUGGAUAUCGGAUAUUAUAUUCAACGACAAAACAAAUUAUAUGUACUUACCGAGCUAUUAAAAGUCGUAUCACCAAUGAAUGAUGGAUUUGUUAUUUUCUAUAACCAGUUAAGGACAGCAGUGGCCUCGUGAUAGAAUAUAGGCUUCAGGGAUAAGAGGGAUCAUGAAAGUACAUAGAAGAUCGGCCCUCUAAACUUUCCUAGUUGAUGCUGAAUACUACGAAGAUUAAAUGACCUUGCCGAUGUGGUGUAGAAGCAUAGAUAUGGAGGAGAUCCAGGUGCUAUUCUCUUCAUGAGAUCAUAUUUAAAAUUGCAUGGUACAUCUCAAUAAUGUUCAUGUUACUUUCAAACGGUACAUCAAAGUAUAAUCUAAUUAAACUGAACCACAAAAAAUUCAAAGAUUUCGUCUUAACUAUGGAAUAUCACAGUAUAGCAUAUUGAUGAUUGGCCUAAAAGUGAGGGAAGAAUAAUUUAUCUUAUGGACAACCGAAUCAUUUUCAAGUUUAUUUAGCAAAAUGUAAUGGCACAUCAUGUAUUAGACUGUUCUGAAAGUUCCUAAAAUGGCAAACACUGAUGUUUGUAGGGGGGGGGGCAACAUUAUCAUUUUAAACACUUUUUCUUUUUCCAUACUUAAAAUCACAUCCACAAAACACAAAUCAGAACUGUUGCUGUCAACUUUUGAAAUAGGAUGAUUUUAAGGUGUUACUUUUGCUAGUAUUUGUAUAUAUUUAUCAUAAACAAUGAUUUUUUUUGUGUUUUGUUGGUGUCAUGUAAACUCGGAGAUAGAAUAAGUGCAUUUUGCAAUAAAACUAUCUUAUUGCAAAGGUAGCAAUGCAUUUCAAAAUGCAAGAUAGACGUGCUUUUUACUAAAUGUUGUAACUUUUGCAGCAAUUCAGCUCACAAAU